ACGAUCUCCUCUCUCUCUCUCUCUCUCUCUCUCCACCAUUUCGCAGUCGCUUGUGAGAACUACUGAGUAGAGAAGCUCAGCAAUGGCGCACUUGGGUGGAGGAGGAGGCGAAGCUAGGGUUCGAGUGGUGCGUUGCCCUAAUUGUGACAAGCUUCUCCCGGAGAUCCCCAAUUUAGCACUUUAUCGUUGCGGGGGUUGCAAUGCGGCACUCCAAGCGAAGAAGCCGAUUCCGCCGCCGGGAUCUUUGCCCCAGAGAUCUGGUGAAGGUAAUGUCGAUUACUUCGGUAAGUUGGAUAAUUGUUUGGAAAGGAAAAGUGGAUUUACACGGGAGGAAAUGGUGAUGGUGAAUUCAAGGGAAGGUGAUUAUAGUCAUUCUGAAUCUGUAGUUGGGGAUGAGGAUGUAAUUGGAGAACCCAAAACUGCAAUUUUUGAUGCUAUGGGCGAUGAUUCCGCCUCCGAUUUUGAGGAAUUGACCAAAGAGAACAUAGUGAGGAACCUUUUGAAGAAUCAUAACUGGGUUGGAACAAGUAGGGUUAACUCUCCCGGCCAAGAUCGCGUUGAACUUCUAAGGAAGCUCGAUGAGCUGAGAGACCACAUUAGUCGAUCUUGCGAAAUUGCCGAUAGGCCGAAAGAGAGGAGGCCGGUAAGUAGAAGAACGGCCUCGUCUUCGUUCAACGAUAAAAGCCGUCGAACUGGGUUUCCAGGAGAGCGUUCACCACUGCAUCGCGUUCCGGCGUGCCAUUCACAUUGUGCAGAAAAGCGUGAUAUGAGUGUUUCGAAUUGUUGUUGCCCUUCACAUUCUCUGAAUGGCUUCCCCAAAUACGGGGAUAGAUUUCCAAGGGUGCCGUAUAGCCGAAGAACACAACACAACUAUCGUUAUACUCAUUUAGAUCCAAGUCCUGUCUUUUCUAAUCAUUAUGAUAGUUCAUACCAUCAGAGUGUGUGCUCGUGUUUGCAUUGCUACGGCCAACAUUUGCUACCACCAAGGCAAGUUCCUCUUAAUUACGUCACUAAUCAGAGGGCUAGUUAUUUCAAAGAAAAGUAUGGGCUUUACCCUGUUGAUAGAUCUUCAAUGCCUGGUUCAGAUUAUGAUGAAAGGUCUACGAAUUCGCCCUUACAUUCUCACGAGUUGCAAACUAAGAGAAGGGCAGCAUUACUUAGGAAGAGGCCUGAACGCUCUUUUCGCCCUAUAGGUGGCGCUGCUCCUUUCAUUGUAUGUCAUAAUUGUUUUGAAUUGCUGCAGCUACCUUUGGAAGUUCUCGACAUGCCUAAGGGAAAGAAUAAGCUGCGUUGCGGAUCAUGCUCUCAAACUAUGAUAUUCAAGCAUGAUGGAAAAACAUUUAAAUUGUUCGAUUCCCAACCACCCAUGCCAAUGAAUGAAACUAGCGAAAACUCAAAUAGCCUGAAUAACCAAACUUUGUGCUAUGAAGAUAUUUUUGAUGGAAACCCUGCCAUCUCCUACUCUGAAGAUUAUGAUAGUCGAGGAGAUAACAUACAUUUAGCUGAUUCAGUUUCUCCUGCAGCAAGCUGCCAAAUGACAGAAAGAGAAUACGAGUUGAGCUAUUCAGCAAAAAUGGAGGGCAUCUCCAAAUCAUCCAGUAGCUGUAAGGAUGUGGAGAGCCCAAAGGCUAAAAAUGAUUCAGGAUAUGAGGAGCUUAUUGGUGUAAACCCUAUCCAUUCCUACUCUGAAUAUUAUGAUAAUUCACAAGAUAAUAUACAUUUAGACGAUUCAGCUUCUCAUACAACAAGAUAUGAAGUGACCGAGAGAGAACGGGAGGUAGACAUGAGCUAUUCACUGAAAAUGGAGGGCCUGCCCAAAUCAUACAGUAGGCGUAAGGAUGUAGAGAGCCCAAAGAGUAACAAAGAUUCAGGAUGUGAGGAUCAUGAUGGUGGAGAUUGUCUUGUCUCCUACUCCAAAGAUUAUAAUAGCCGACAAGAUAACAUCCAUUUAGUUUCUCCUACAACAAGUUCUAAAAUAGAAGAUAGAGAAUGUGGAAUAAACAUGAGCUAUUCAGAGAAAAUGGAGGGCCUAUCCAAAUCAUCCAGUCGAUCUAGGGAUGUGGAGAGCCCAGAGAAUGUAACAUGUCAAAGAGAUUCAGAUAGUCACACUGAAUUGCCAUUUGAUGGCCAAAUGGCUUCGCGUGCUUCAUCCCUCCGUGAUUAUUCUUGUUAUCCAUUCAUUAAUCAGGAAAUUGAUGGUUUUGAUGAGGAAAACAUGAGCGAAAAUUUUGACCACACGGAUGCUGCCGACAUUAAUGAUGAUUUUAGGCGGCAAUCCAAUGAUGAUUUUCGAGUGUCAAGUGAGAUGAAUUUGUCGGGCAGUGAAUAUUCGCAUUCUGGGUUUUCCCAAGAUUCUCGUGAACUACGACGAGGAGAAGAUCAGCCUUCGAUUGCUAAGAAUGGUGAUUCAUCUUUUGCUGGUAUUUUCAAGAAGCGGUUCAAGGACUUCUCUUUAUUCAACCAGUCUGUCGAGAGAAGUAGAACUAAAGUUUCAGUUAAUGGUUACCCUAUUUCUGAUCGCUCGCUAAAGAAGGCUGAAAAGAAGGCUGGACCUGUCGAUCCUGGUGAUUAUUGGUAUGACUACCAUGCGGGAUUUUGGGGCGUCAUGGGGCGCGAAUGUCUUGGCAUUAUUCCUCCCUUUAUAAGAGAAUUCAAUUAUCCCAUGCGUAGAAACUGCGCUGAUGGCGACACUGGAGUCUUUGUAAAUGGGAGAGAACUUCAUCAAAAAGAUUUGGAAUUGCUCGUAAAAAGAGGACUUCCGCCUAUUACUGGGCAAUCUUACGUUGUUGAGAUUUCGGGAAAAAUUAUUGAUGAGGCAUCUGGCAAGAAGUUGCGCAGUCUCGGCAAGCUUGCACCAACAGUUGAGAAACUAAAACGUGGAUUUGGCAUGGAAGUUCCCGAAGAGAUGAAUUAGCUGACAAAACACUCUUAACGGUGGCUCUCCUUCAUUGGUAUUCAUUCUCAUCAAAUGUAACUGCAAGAUCGACAAACUUCGAUGAAGUGGCCGACUGGUGAAGGUGGAAACAGGCUCACCAAUGCUGUUUCCUUUUUGGAACUAUGUCUGGAAUCUCUAUCAAUGCGGAUAAAUGAUGGCAUAUGCGCGCAAUCAUAUAUCAUUCAACCUUAUCUCUUACGCCGUUCUAAAGGUGUAUGGUUUAGUUUUUGUAGGUUCUUUCGCUGUUGUAUUAUUUAAAGAAUUGCAUCUGAUCAGCUUGUAAUACCAUUGUUUAUCUGUUUAUCAACUGUGUAUAUUCCAUUUACGAUCUCAUUGUGAUAAUUUUAUUGCAUAGGAUUGAGCUGAGAAUUGGUCAUAAUGACAACCUCAGUUUUUGAUGUUUUUAGUACAGAGUUUGGUUGUAAACGACUGAUGCUUUACUUACAGAAAAUUUGUUCCAACCCACAGUUUUUA